UGCAACAGAUAGGAAAAUAAGAGCACUCACCAAACCACAAUCAUGCCCUAUAGCUUAACGCGACAACUGCAAACGGGGAGGGAAACGAUCAUCUAUGUGAUUUAUGCGCAACGACACCUAAAAGCAAAGAUGCACUCGGACGUGGACGAUGUGUCAUUAGUUAGUUCAAAGUCGGUUUAAAUGUUUAAAUGCGGCACUUCCUCUGUCUGCGACCCACAGGACGCACCCACUCUGCCGUGUGAAGUUACGUACCUGCUCUCAGAAGCAAUAUUAUCACAGAGAAAACAUGGCGAGGUUAAGCGAGCAGGGGAUUCGCCUCAGUUCCAUGAGCCCUUCCUUUCUAAACAGCAACUCCACCAGUCAUACCUGGCCGUUCAGCGCGGUGGCGGAGUUAAUAGACAAUGCGUCAGACCCCGGUGUGUGUGCCAAACAGAUCUGGAUAGAUGUAGUUAAAAUCGACGAUCAGCUUUGUCUGACUUUCACAGACAAUGGCAGCGGGAUGACACCGAAUAAGCUGCACAAGAUGCUCAGCUUUGGCUUCACAGAAAAGGGCUCAGGUAAAGCCAGCCAGCAGGCCAUCGGCUUGUAUGGAAACGGCUUCAAGUCCGGCUCCAUGCGUCUGGGCCGGGAUGCGCUCAUCUUCACCAAAAACGGCGGCUGUCAGACUGUGGGACUGCUUUCUCAGACCUACCUGCAAAACAUCAAAGCGCAGGCAGUCAUUGUUCCCAUAGUCCCCUUCAAUCAACAGACCAGGUCUCUGGUUGUGACUGAAGACUCAGAGGCCAGCCUGGCAGCCAUCUUGCAACACUCCAUCAUCAAGUCACAGGAGGAGAUACUCACCCACUUCGACUCCAUUCCUUCAAAAAAAGGCACCAAGAUCCUGAUAUGGAAUAUCCGCAGAGCCAAAGAUGGUAAAACUGAGAUUGAGUUCGACACCGAUUCAAGUGACUUUCGUUUGCCUGAGAUUCACUUCGAGGAGCUGAAGCAGGGCCUGAGGAACAACGGGUCCCCGAGACCGGAGCAAAACAUCCCAGACAUGUAUUACAGCCUAAGGGCCUACCUCAGUAUCUUGUACCUGAAGCCACGAACACAGGUCAUUCUACGAGGGAAGAAAGUCCUGGCCAAGUUGGUCUCCAAGAGUCUGACUCACAUCGAACAUGACGUCUACAAGCCUCAGUUUAGCAAAGAGAAAGUGAAGGUGACUUUCGGCGUAAACCCUAAGAAGAAGGAGCACUAUGGCAUCAUGAUGUACCACAGGAACCGACUCAUUAAGGCCUACGAGAAAGUGGGCUGCCAGCUAAAGGCCUCGGGUCAAAGGGUAGGCAUCGGGGUGAUCGGCAUCAUUGAGUGUAAUUUUCUCAAACCUGCUCACAACAAGCAGGACUUUGAGUACACUAAAGAGUACAGACUCACCCUCGGAGCUCUGGGUCUUAAACUUAAUGACUACUGGAGGGAGGUAACAGAGAAGAGGGCCAGGGAGCGAGAGUUUCAGGCUCUAGAUAAAGAAGACAGCGAAGACCAAGAGGAGGCGGACGUGGGUCCUGUGUGGCUACAGUGUGAGGAGUGUCUGAAAUGGCGAAGUGUCCCACCGCACCAUUACAAGGUCAUGCCAGAAAACUGGAGCUGCAGCCAGAAUCCCAAUCCACGUUACAGAAGCUGCUCAUCGCCAGAGGAAGCUGAGGAGAGCGGGGAACAGUUAACACCCAGCUACCAGAAAAGCCACAAGAAACUAGAGCACUGCAAAAGCAGAAAACGAGAAAAAUCACUAGAGGCGUGGCACUCGGAGGAACAAGAGGCGAAGGAUGAAAGUAUUUCAUCAGAGCAGCCCUACUCCCCGUCCAAACACAGACGUGAACACAGUACGCAUGAACAGAGACUGGAACAGGACGAGGCCGAUUUGCAUAAAGACACUCACACAAAUGAUGCAAAGUCGGAAACACACUCCCAAGAGAAGGCUUCUGGAAGAGAUUUGGUCAUUAAACAGAAGAAUGAUCGUAGAGAAGAGGAAAUUGAUCAGAGGCUUGAAGACAAGGAGGACGAGAACAAGAGGGAGACAGCGGAGAAGGAAGAGGAGCACACAGACACUUUCAGUCGCAAAAGAAAGUCUGGACCUAUUUUCACCUACAUGUCGAAAAAGCGCUGGAGGCCAGAGCAGUCAGGAAACCCCACGGAGGAUUUUCCUACUGGGAAACAAACAAACGCAUUCCAAAAGGACAGCAGCAGCCAAGUGGAGAAGUCAAACGCUUUGCAGCAAACCCCGUCCAACACCUGGACCUACUCGCCGCUGGCCACCCAGACUGUUAUGGUGUCCCCGCUGAGGACGGAGCGGCCCCAGAGCAAGGCGCUGCCUCCAGAGCAAGGCGAGCGGGAAGCGAAAGUGCAGAAGCUGGCCGCGUUGGAGAAGGAAGCUGAGCGACUACGGAGCCUUCUCGGCCUGGAGGUCUCCAAGACGACGCAAGGCACGAUGACGACAGCCGAUGGCGUUGUUGAAAAAGAAGGGAAGGGAAGACCGACAGCAUCCACAACCAGCAAGGACGUCGGCUGCCAGACAGUCAUGGCUGAGCAGUGCUCCACCUCAGUGCCGGACGUGGCUGCAGCGCUGGAGAGCAGACCGAGGAAGGAGAGGAGUGAAGUUCAGAGCAGAGUGAGAGCGAGUGACGGUGACUCCUGUGAUGACAGCAGAUCAUCUCAGCAGAAUCUGCGCGAGAUCCGUAAUAACGUGGUGGUGCUCCUCACGGCCCUGCUGCCCCAGCUGGACCUGGCCGGUAUCAGCUUAGAGACGGCAGACGUGGACAACAUCCUGCAGCAGAUCAUAGAGGUUAACUCACUGAAACUAUGAGCGCCUCGAAGUCCUGCACAAGAUGGUUCUCCUGUGUGUCCUGCAAAGGAAUACUCUAAACACCCAGGUUCUUCCUCCAUACCAUUUAUUUUCUUACCUCAUGGCAUCAGCUCGUUUGAAGAUACCCGAAUCCACCGGAUGUAGAUUACUGAACCGAAGCGUCUCGUGGUGGAUUAGACAAUGUCUCGCAUGUGAGUGAAAAACCAAAGAGUUCAGAAUCUAAACUACAUGACGUAUUUAGGAAUUUGUUCCGAUAGACUUUCUACGCUUCUCCAACUUCUUAACCAUUCAACACGGGAGGGAAAGAAGGUUGUGUUACUGCAUAAGCUUAUUAAGAUGAUGCUAUUCCUCGUCAAAACUAAAAGUGGUCAUACAGAGUUAUACAUUGUAGCAUAUAAAUACAGUCAGUGUACAAUACGGAUUACUAAAACUGCAACAGGUUUCUUUGUAGACCUUCAUAGGGAACCUUUCUGAAAAGCAGGGACAAAUUACAUAAAACGCUCUCUUGUAAAAAUCACUGCAGUGUAAUGUCUGUUUUUCUUCACAUAGAUUAAAGUCAACUUUCUAUUAGUUAUUGACCUUUUGUGUACAAUUGUAUUACUUAUUUAACUGCAACCUGUGGAAACGUUACUUUAAAUAUUGUGGAGUCUCUGUUCAGAGCCCAUCUACUGUAAAAAUGUUUUUCUUUUUUUAUCUAAAACUGCAUGCCAUAUUUUAAUGUUUGUGUUUGGCCUAUUAGUUUUACAUAUACUUUUAGCACCUGAUACAUGCAUUUGUCAUGCAGCUCUGUUAAGAUGGAAGAAUUUGUUUUUAUGUGUCAAAAACGAAAGCUUUGUGUUUGAAGUAAAUAUUGAAACCAUU